AUGAUGAGUUCGUGCGUUCUUUGUGGCGUAGAGAUCGUAAAAAACACGGAUAAAAAUCUUGUUGAUGGUCGAAGGGGCAAUUCUUUUAAAGUUCGAGAGGAACUGCUGUCUUUGAAGUGUAAAGUCGAAAUCAAUUCCACGUACAUUUGUAGGAAUUGUCUUUGCGCGCUGAAGAAACGAAGGGCGCUCUUCAACAAUCUUCACGAAGUGGAUAGCUCAAUUCAGAAAAUUGUCCAGUCGAAGAAGUGUUCCGCUGUUCCAUUACCAGUCCCAAAGCCUUCCUCAAACCAGAUCAGCGACUCCCAAGAGCAAGCUACAAAGCGUGUUGCCUUAGAGGAUUUUAGAGCGUCCGUGACGUCUGUGGAUAUCGAAGAAGAUAACAGCACGUUGCCAAAUAAAACAUCGGUAGAUCCUUGGCCAAGUAUUCUCACGUCAACACCUUGUAAGGAGAAAAAUCGUCCUGUCGCCUUUGCUGCGUUAGUUGGACCUGUUUCGCCAAUUCCUGCUCGUGAACCCGAGGAAAAGAAGACUCGUGUGCAAGUCACUGUCGAAUGGCCCAGCCGAACAAAAGUGAAUACUCUUCACGAAGGAUUAGAGUCACUCGGCAAGAUGCUUUGUCGCGGAACAUACAAGCAAAUUGCUGGAGCCGUAUGGAAGAAUCCAAUUUUAAGGAAAUAUAUGCAGCAGUUGUACCUGGAGGAGGUCGAUCGUGAGUGUACUGCGAUGUGUUCAUUAAAGAAUCCAAGCUGUCUGAGAUCGCCCAGCAAGAAAGACCUCCAGCGCUUUUCGUUCAAGAAAUUCAACAGCGAACUUGAAUCGAAAGCACCAUUGUUUAGUGCGGUACUGUGGACUGCAAGUGUGAGAAAAAGCAAAAGAGACGAUGAAUUCUGGCUGCCAUCUGUGUCUAUGUCCGCGGCUGUCUUGCUGAAGAACAGAUCUCCGUGUAUGAAUGCAAUGCAACUGAUAAACACCAUCAUUUUGUAUCACUCGGGGAUAACUGUGAGUAAUUUUUUUAAUCAGUUUCUACAAGAUGUUUUCCUGGCAUUCUAUUUGUCCAAACCUAUUAUAACGUACUGAUGACAACGAUAAUGUUUUUUUGGUAGUGCUAAGCCAUGAAGAAUUUGGUAUGAGCUGAUACCCAAACUGCAAAGCUCUCUUCCUAGUAUUCAAUUGAAUAUUUUUCACUUGAUCAUUAAUGGAUCGGACGGGGAAAGUCACUUAAAUUCCCUACCUUCUGACGUCUGCAUAAUGUUAAAUGUUGCAUCCUUGGUCUUUGCACCGGCUAUUUGUGCGUGUGUCAUUAGCUCCAAAAUUUGUUGUUGAAAUUAUUAUGCUGGAUUUAAAACCAAUUUAAGAUAAUGUUAAUUACUACUGUCUUUUGUUGAUCUCACUCUCAGACUUUGUUACCUCUUAUUUCUAGCAAAAUUACAACUCUUUCGUUUAAGUUUGUAUGUACAUUAAUAACUUCGAAUUUACGACUGUCAACUUCAAAUGUGGUUGUUGCCUUUCAAUAAAUUAAAGAAAACAUAAUUUUAUGAAUUUUUAUGAAAGUGAGGAUUUUUAUGAAAGUAAGUGUAUUAUGAAUGAGAUGUUCCCUGUGUAAAUAAUUUGUGAAUAAAUGCCAUUUUCCCUCAAAAUAUAUACAUGUACAUCAUAAGAAUAAGAUUUAUCUGUUUUUUGACAUGUCCUACCCUGCUGUACAGACAAUUAUAAUUCCCAAGUUCGUGAGAAAAUGAAGGUAGCAAAUGUUAAUGCAUUGAAUAAUAACAUUACAACUGCCCUUUUAUGAUAAAAUGUCUUAUCAUAUACUAAUUAUUUAUUUCAGGCUUCUCUUUGCCGACUGGGUUCCCUCAGAGUAACCACCGGACACUCAUAUUAUUACCGAAAGCUGGAUGAAUUUGGGAAAGAAUACGCUGCAUCUGUUGAGAAGAAGGUAAAAAAUGAGACUGCACGACUUCAGAAACAUCACCAAGCACUGACUGAGACACCAUCUGGCGCCAGUUCCCCUCCUCUAGUGACUGAAAGACAGUCUCAACAGUCAACUGUAAUUACUGCUGACAAAGGAAGAAAGUUGGUGUUCGAUAACUUCGACUUCAAGCAGCAAGUUCACAGUAUGACUGAACAGCAUCAAAAUAUAGAUGUCCACUGGGUUACACACUUGUCAGUGGAAAAUCGUGUCUCAGGAAACCACUUGUCAAGUGCAAAGCCUGCUGCAGAUGCUGUUAUGCAGAUGGAGAAUGGUGUGUGUUUACCAACUCGCCAUGAGCACCACCUGCAAAGGGAAAACUACAUAACUCUCACUGAGAGAGCAAUUGUGGAAAUACCCUGUUUGGAAUGUCUCAAGCCUGUGGUCUGUAAGCACAUACCACACCAGUACAGCAAGGAAAUGGCUGAGAAAUCAGAAAUGGUAUUACAUAGUACAAUUUAUUUAAAAUGACUUACAGCCUACUUUUGAACAAAAAAAAAUUAAUUCAGGUCCAUCAAAGUCACAAAGUCAAAGAACAGUCAGAAAAAGGAGAGAUGGGAAAAAUGAUUUUUAUUUCCUUGUUUUGAAGUCUUGUUGUUCUCAUGUUCCAGUAACAGUAAAGGUUGGAGUUUGAAAAUUUGCAGUAGUGAGAUAUUGUAUAAUUUGCCCCCCCACCAGUUUUUUUUUUUGCCCCGACCCUUCUCUGUUACCACCAAAAACCACUUAACCCAUUGAGAAAAUAACCAGGAUUAUGUGUUUGCCCUUUGCAGUCUUUUCUUGGAAUGUUGUAUCACAACGAAAAUGACUCAGAUGGUAUUCAGCAAGUACUGACAGCACUGCAUCAGUAUGUAUCCUACUAUGGUGAUGGAGAUGACAGAGUUUAUUCCUCCCAAGGUUUAGUGGCUGAUCAACUGUCAGUGGAGCGUGGCGUGAAUGCACUCUUUGAGCUCUCAAAUGGCUUUACUCCAGAGGAAUGUCUAGAGGGUUUGCACUUGGAAAUUGCUGACUGGCACGCAGGAAAUAAGUUUUUGAAGGUAUGAAAAUAUUUAGUGUUUCUUUCAAGCCAUAGUUUAUGAGUCAUAUACAUUAUAUGUAGCUUUGCCAAUGGGUUCAUACUCAUUAGAGUAUAUUCAGUGAACAACACCAAUGCAAGAUAGCUUGUGAGAUAAAUAUCAGGAAAUUAGUUGCAUAAUUACACUGUAAAAACGGUAUGGUCUGAUUUCACACAGUUAAAUGAUAAUUGUUUUAUUUGAGAUAAAAAAAGUCAGUCAAUAAGGUAUGACAUCUCUCUCACUGUGAAAGGAAAUGCAUCAGUUGAUGGGUGAAACUAAAUAUAUUGUAAAUAUCUUUAUUGAAAUAAUAAAACUAAUGAUAAUAAUAACAAUGAUAUCAAAUAUAUUGCACAUUCAUUCACUUGCAUAAACAAGUAAAUGUAAUUCAAAUAAUGAUGAUGAUGAUGAUAAUAAUGACACCAACAAUAAUAAUAAUAAUAAUAAUGAUGAUGAUGAUGAUGAUAAUGGUGAUGGUAAUGGUAAUGAUGAUAAUGAUAAUAAUAAAUAUAAUGCACAUUCAUUCACUUGCAUAGUCUUCUAAUCAUGUAAAAAAAAUAGUUCAAUGUUUGUAUGUAUCUGUUUUUAGGUUGCAUUCCAUAAUUUCUACAACACAAAAUCAGCAGGAGACAAAUGCACUCUCUACAGCGACAGAAAUUUAAUAAACAGAAGGAAUGUCAGCAGUGAUGUUGAUGCGGCAGUUAACCCCUGUAGAAAAUUUUUCGACCUCGAAGUUAAAGCAAGGCUUAUAGCUGCUGCAUUACAUGAGCUUGGGAUGAAUAAUAUCUUGGAUAGCCCUAAGGGUGAAUUUUCCCAACCAAACCUCCCUGAAGCGAGUAACGUGGAGAAAAAGGAAUAUGUGCGUAAAAUUGCCACACACAUUGUAGAUGGCUAUGUCAUUCGAAGGGAAAAUGUUGAAAACAUUUUCAAUAGCCUAGUAGCAGCAGAAGCUGCUGAGGAAGAAGAGGUCAGGCAACAAACAGACAAUGGCAGAUACAUUUGUUUUUUUCCCGGUUGUGGCAAAAGCUUUGCAUCAAGGGGGAAACGAAUGCGUGAUCAUGAAGCCACCCAUAACCAACAAGUCCCACCUCAAGAUUCACAAGGGUUACUCUUCCCAAGUGACUCAGCCCCUUCAGAGAAAGUCCCUGAGAAGGAUGACAUGUUCAAUUAUCAGUGUUCUUUCCUCGAGUAUGGCAUGCUAAUUUUGAAUUUCUUUGAUGCCAUCAAAGAGGGUGAUGGUAAACGUACUUUCAGAUGCUGGAAGUUUCAAUUGCCUUACCUUAGGAAUGACCCGGGAAGUACAAAGUAUGCCCUUGAAGCCCUGGGGAUGAUUUUUCAAGUUUAUGCACUGCUUCCACCAAAACAUGCCCAUGAACUUGUUUGGAACAGAACUGCAUUGCUUAAGUCAGGUUUGGGACAUAACAUUCCCCUUGAUUUACUCCUUGAGUUUUUCAAUCGACUACUGAAAGAAGUCAGGAAAAAGUUGGGUCCUAAUGCAACCAAUCACAAGGCUAUAGAUCGCUACUGUCACGCAAUUGAUUUCACUAAAGCAUUACUUGACAACUUUGAUCAAGAGUGUUGUGUCAUCCGCCGUUCUGGACACCACUAUGAACUCUCUGUGGUGUCUGACUUACGCAAGAUUGUUACAGAGCUCAUCACUCAGAGGGCUUUCUGUUGGACACCAGGGCGUACCUAUGCGCACUUUAAUGGUAUUAAUUCCACCCUCCUGUCAGACUUUGAUCUUCAAGACAUGUUCAGGUGGAUAACCAAACACAAGAAAAACAUUGUCAGAGAAAGAAGAGCACGCUAG